CCUUAUCUUAUCUGUAUUGAAACUGUAAUUCUUGCAUUGUCCCCGUUUGAUGACACUGUGGAAUAUUUAUUCCAAUUUCUAUUGUGGGUCAAGCCUUCCUUACAAAGAACAAAAUGCUGGUUUACGGCAUCAUCUGUUUGCUUUUUGCUGCUGUCGUUAACGCUGAUUGUCCUGCUGGAUUCAUUCAGGAUCAGUACUCCUGUUACAAACUCUUCAACAACACUUUCACAUGGCCAGAGGCCACAUCGUUUUGUAGAGCCUUCAACACCCACCUUUUGACACUAGAAAAUGAUGCGGAGUUAACUUUCAUAAAGAAAAAGGCCGCAGAGGUUGGAGGUUUGGGAUUCUGGACAGCGGGCUCAGACGCCUUGGAAGAAAACGAGUGGAUAUGGGCGGAAACGGGCGAAACAUUAACUUUGACUGGGGACUGGGCCCCAGGGGAGCCAGACCAAACCCUAGGCAAAGAUUGUCUAGGAUUAUGGGGUGCCCAUGGAUACCUUUUUGGCUCAUGGGGAUGCAAUGCUCUCUUGCAACCAAUCUGUGAGAUUAGUAUUGAAGAAGCGCUAUCAUUUGGUUAGACGAACUAAAAAGGGUAUACGGAAAACUUUCAAUGGAAUAUGAUUGUAAAAUAUUUCUGUUAAUAAAAAACGAAAUAAACUUGUGUAGAACCAG